AUGCGAGACGGCGGCUCCGCCUCUAGCGGCGACUGCGCCGGCGCUCGCGGCAGCUCUCACGACGAAGGCAGCGACGCUGCUACAGCCGCGCUGCCUCCGAGCCACAUGUUCUGCCGGCUGGAGUCCGUGGUGCUACAGAUUGACGUCGAGACGCACGAGCUGCUGGCCACCAUGCAGCUACAGCCUAUCCAGGAGGCGGAGGCGGCGGAGGAGCAGGCGCGGGCAGCGCGCGCAGGCGCGGCGGCGAGCGGAAGCCGCGUGCUGUACGCGCGCACGGAGCAGGACCGCGUGUGCUGCAAGCGGCUGUCAACCAGCGACACGUCCACGCACGGCGGCUUCUCCAUCCCGCGCAAGGCCGCCGAGGCCUGCCUCCCCCACCUGGACAUGACGCAGUCGGUGCCAUCGCAGCGCAUCACGGCGACGGACGUGCUGGGCAACCAGUGGCUCUUCCGCCACGUGUACCGCGGCACGCCCAAGCGCCACCUGCUCACCACCGGCUGGAGCGCGCUCUCCGCCACCUGGGGCCUCGCUGCUGGCGACCGCAUCGUCUUCCUCAGGUGCGCUCAGGUGUUCCUUCAGGUGUAUUCAGCUGUUUCUUCAGGUGAUUCGCCUCCCAGGCGUCACAGCACAGCGCAGUGCAUUCUUCACCCAGCUCACCUCGCUCCUCGUUCGAUCUUUCCCCCUCCGCUCUCUCAAACCCACAGGAACCGGCACGGCGCGCUCAAGGUGGCGGUGCGGCGCAGCGAGGCAGCCAUGGCGGCCCUGCAGGCGCAGCGCCAGGCGCGCCACGCUCAACGGUGUUCCCUUGACGUUCACCACGUGGGCGACCCCGCCGCCAUGGCGCCCUCCGCAGCCUCCCCAGGCCUGGCGGAGGUGGCGUCUGCUGAUGCUGUGCUGGCCACCGCUGCUCGCUGCUACAGCCGCCGCACGGCCUUCUCUGUCACCUUCCACCCAUGGGUGAGCGCGUCAACGCCCUUCGUCAUCCCGCUCCCCGACUUCACACGCGGGCUGCACGUGAAGGCGGCGCUACAGCCGGGCAGCGAGGUGCGCCUCACGCUCGAGACCGACGACCUCGCCACGCGCCGCCUACGUGGCACCGUGCUCUCGCUGCACCACUCGCCCUCUGCCACGUGGCCCUCCUCGCCCUGGCGCUCGGUGCAGAUCAAGUGGGGCGACACGGACGGGGCAGUGAAGCCCACGCGUCUCUCCCCCUGGCUGCUUGACGACGCGCGCGCCCUCGCCCAGUCCUGCUCCUCCUUCUACGUCUCCUCUGACUCUGCCCCCCACACCACCACCUUCGCCUCUGUCCCCCCUAUCGCCACCGUUUCUGCCGGCGCUGCUCUGCUGUCGCACUCGGUCCCGCGCCCCCCCCGGCUCUCCCUGCCACCACCUCUCUCCAUCCCUGCUGCUGCUGCUGCUGCCCCCCCUGCUGCCGCCCCUGCCUCCCUCCUCACAGCGGGACAGCAUGGAGAUGGGGGCAGCUGGGGCCCCACCCCUCUGCAUCUCUCCUCCACCGCCCCUCUCUCUCACACCCCCCUCACCUCCUUCCUCCCUAACCACUCCCUCCCUCUGCGGCCCAUGCCUUCUGAACCUGGCCACUCCGAGCCUGAUGCAAUGGUUUGGUCACAAGCCCAGCCAGCCAUGGAGUACAGCGGGUCUCGCGAGUCGGUUGCAACCGCCACCCCCGCCACCGCUGCUACAGCCGGUGCCAGCCAUGCAUCUCCGUCCGCGCCUCGUCCGGCCUUCCCUCGUACCCUCACUGCUCCCGGGGGCUUCACAGCCUAUGCUCCUGCCAGCGCGCGGCAGAGCGGGGUGAAGAGGGAGCAGCAGGAGGAGGGAGGAGCGGUGCAUCUCACGCUCUCUCUCGGCCUCUCCGCCUUGACCGCUUCGCCCCCCUCCGACCACUCCUCCCCGAGCCUCAAGCGCCGCCGCACCACAGGCCUGGACAUGCCUGUGCUGCGCCACGCGUGCCACUCGGAGUCGGAUGUCGCCCGCCUGCUGCACGCCCAACGGCCGGAGAGGACGGACACGCUUGACAGCGACCUUGCCAUGCACCCCCAAGGCCCGUCCGAUGAGGCUGCUGCUCUUGCUGCUGGUGCUGGUGGUGGUGCUGAAGUGAGUGGUGCGGUGGGUGGUCCUCCUGGCUGUCUCUUCACGCUGCCGUCCUCGCCCAGCUCUGCCAGUGGCGGCACCCCCAGAAGCAGCAACGGGGACGUGGAGCGCGCUGGAAUGGAGCAGGCGGCGAGUGGCGAGCGGCAGGCAGCAAGGGGGGCGGAGAGCAUGGAUGGGCAGACGGCUUCUCCAUCCAAGCAGCCCGCGUCGCCCUGCAAGCUGUCUCCCUCGCCAUCCUGGGCGGCCAACAGACGGCGGAUUAAGCUGCGGGUGGAGGGCAGUCCAGUGGGGCGCACGGUGGAUCUGAGUGGCAUCGGCAGCUUCCAAUCGCUGUACGCCACGUGUGCAGCCAUGCUGCAGCUGCCUUUGCAGCAGCCCGCAGAGGCUGCAGGAGGUGCAGCAAAUCAGCUAAUCACACACACCUUCCCCCCUUUCUCCCCCACACUCGCUCCACCCUCCUUCUCUCCCCCCCCCCGCCCUUACUCUCCUCCUCCCCCUCUUGCCUCUCCGCCAGCUGCAGGAGGUGCAGCGGACCAGUCAAACGCACACACACCCCUGCAGGAGGUGCAGCGACUGCAGGAGGUGCAGCGGCGGCACGCGGUGAUUAAGAGGGGAGGCGCGGUGCUGGACCUGGGGUGUUGCCCGGGGGCAUGGCUGCAGGCAUGUGCUGCAGUGCCGCAGCGGUGGUGUGAUGGGCGGGUGCAGGUCAUUCAAUCAGAUGCCUUCACGCUCUCGCCCCUCUUCCUGCUCCGCCUCCUCUCCUCCCUCCAGGCAUGUCCCCUCGCUCCUUGCUGCUACAUCCCGUUUUCUCUCCUUUCCACCCGACUGCUUCACUUGCCUGCCUUCCCCGCCCCGCCAAACACUAUCUUGCUUUUGGCUGGCUCGCUUUACUGCGCCUCACCUUCAUUUUCGUUGUUGCCUCCCGCCCACACCUCCUCCUGCCAAUCCAAUCAAUUGCUUCUCCCUCCCUUACACAUUCGUUCCACUUCCCCCUCCGGCCCCACUCACCCAUCACCCUCCCUCUGCACCCACGUGCCAUCCAUCUCCACCGCUUCCUUCUCUCUAAUCCCUUCCCUGCCAUACCUUUCCCCGGCUCCAUCCCGGCUCCUCAUCCCCCUCGCCGUGCUUCACCGCGCUCCUCAUCCCCCUCGCCGUGCUUCACCGCACUCCUCAUCCCCCUCGCCGUGCUUCACCGCGCUCCUCAUCCCCCUCGCCGUGCUUCACCGCGCUCCUCAUCCCCCUCGCCGUGCUCCACCGCGCUCCUCUUCCACAUGUGUCCAUCCACCUUUGCCGCCUCUCUUACAUGGCUUCAACUGCUUCUUAUCGUUCCCGUUUCCCCCCUCCCCUUCCCCUCCUCCCGUUUUCCCCCUCCCCUUUCCUCCCAUUCCUUCCCCUUCCCCUCCUCCCGUUUUCCCCCUCCCCUUUCCUCCCAUUCCUUCCCCUUCCCCUCCUCCCGUUUUCCCCCUCCCCUUUCCUCCCAUUCCUUCCCCUUCCCCUCCUCCCGUUUUCCCCCUCCCCUUUCCUCCCAUUCCUUCCCCUUCCCCUCCUCCCGUUUCCCCCCUCCCCUUUCCUCCCAUUCCUUCCCCUUCCCCUCCUCCCGUUUUCCCCCUCCCCUUUCCUCCCAUUCCUUCCCCUUCCCCCCCCUCCAGUCCCACCCGUCCUCCCCCUCACCGCGCUUCACCACGCUGCUAUCGGACAUACCCAGCCUAUCCCGACAAAGGAGUGGUUGGGACCAGAGGCACAGGUGCAAGGGAGCCUGCAGGGGAUGCAGCACGAGGGGCAGGAGAGGCAGCAGGAGCAGAGAGGGCAGCAGCAGGGACGGCCUCAGUAGCAGCAGCGGGGUGGGCGGAGGGACCAGGUGCCCGCGUGCAAGGGGAUCAACAAGUGGGGGGACGGGAAGCAGAGGGGUGUGGGGAGGGAGGGGCAGCAGCGCAGGGGGGUGUGCUGGCAGUGGGGGGACACAUGGUGGUGAAGCUGCUGGAGGGUGACGACACUCCAGCCUACGUGGCAGCGUGCAGGCAGCUCUUCUCAUCAGUGACGCGCCUUCGCCCCAAGGCCACCCGGGCCUCCUCCCGCGAAAUAUAUGUCAUUGCCAAGGGGUUCAGAGGAGUUCCUAAGGGGUUCGAGGGGUUCUGA